UGAAGUGACAUCAAUCAGUGAGCAUUUAAAUCCCGUUGAAAGUCGACGCUUUUGAAAUACAGUGCUCUCAAUACCUAUGUUUUUUAAAUUGAAUAUACAAAUAGAUAUAAACUAAAUAUUGGAUUCUAACGAAAAUGAACUCCUUAAGGAAUAUCGCUGUUCUACUUGCAAUAACUUGGAGUGUUUUCGGUGCAGUUUCUGCGGAAGAGAGUUAUGGAGCAUGCGAAACGCCAAACGGCGCACCCGGCGAAUGCAUGUUAAUACAGAAAUGUACUGAACUAUAUAACACGGUCGUUAAACCCAAUUUAGAAGAUGCGGAAAUAUUAUUUUUAAGACGAAGUAGAUGUGGUGAAUUUGGCAAAAGUGUUCUGGUAUGCUGCCCCGAUCCACCGAAUAAUAAUCGAGGAGAAUUGCCUUUGCCACCAAAUUGUGGAAAUUCUUCAUUAGCGGGACGCAUUUUUGGUGGAGUCUCGACUGAUAUUGAUGAAUUCCCAUGGACUGCGUUACUUAUAUACACUAAAGCAAACGGCGAGAAAGGUUUUCAUUGCGGUGGCAGUCUUAUUAAUGAUCGCUAUGUUUUAACGGCGGCACAUUGUGUUAGCAAAGAAGCACUCCCUGCAAAUUGGCGCCUAAGUGCAGUUCGUUUGGGUGAAUGGAAUCUAGAUACACCACAAGAUUGCCAAUUUGAUAGAAAUGGCAAUAAACUUUGUUCGGGUUCACAUAUCGAUUUUAGUAUUGAGGAAGAAAUAUGUCAUCCACUAUACAAUGAUGCAGCCAAAAAAUAUGAUAUAGCCUUACUUCGUCUUCAAGAGAAAGUCAAUUUCAAUGAUUUCACUAGUCCCAUUUGCUUGCCGGUAAACACAAACUCUUCUGUAAGUAAUUACGAGGGCGUAACUAUGGGCAUUGCAGGUUGGGGAUCAACGGAAACAUCCAGAAAUAGUGUAAAGAAAUUAAAAGCAUUGAUACGAGGACAAAACCUUGAAAGAUGUAAAGCCAAAUACAAUAUCGACAUAGAUAACACUCAAUUAUGUGUGGGCGGUGAGAAAGGUGUCGACACGUGCAAGGGUGACUCUGGUGGACCACUAAUGUUAAUCCAAUCAUAUAACGGGAGGGAAUCAUGCCUUCUGAUUGGUAUAACUUCAUUUGGUCCGAGAGUGUGUGGACAAGAAGGAUUCCCUGGCGUUUACACGCGUGUAGACGCUUUUAUUAGCUGGAUACAAAGUACAAUUACAAAAUAAGAUGUUGAAUUGUAAUAUGCACUUUAAUAUGUGACUUCAAUUCAUUAAACAAAGUUUUUUCUAAUUCUUA